CAACAUAUUUGAUUUGUUGACAAGACAACAAUCUGAUCCCAGAGAUGUGCUCCACGAACCCAGGCAACUGGGUCACCUUUGAUGAUGAUCCCGCUUUUCAAACUUCUCAAAAGUCAAAGAAUUUCCCUCCAGAGAAUCAAGGUGUCUGUAGACCAAAUGGACUGAAGCUGAACCUUCCUGGCCUCAAGGAACUUCCCAGUGGUUCCUCCUCCAUCAGCAAUACCCCUCUCUCCUCCCCCAUCGUAGAUUUUUACUUCAGUCCAGGACCUCCAAGCAACUCUCCUCUUUCUACACCUACCAAAGACUUCCCGGGCUUUCCUGGCAUUCCUAAAGCAGGAACUCAUGUACUUUAUCCUAUUCCAGAAUCAUCUUCAGACAGCCCACUCACCACACCAGGAGCAGUUUCCUCCAUAUCACCUACUAAACCAACCUGCUUAUCUCAUGCACUCUUACCCAGUGGCCACUCAUGCACACACCUGGCUCCCAAAGCAGAUCUUCCAGAUGAAAGUAGCCCUUGCCAGCCUGAAGGCCAAGGGGCCCAAAGUGGGGAUGCUCCCCAGUUUCAGUAUUUUCAGGAGGCCUGUGCUUUUUCAAGUCCAUUUUGGAAAGAUGAAGGCAGUGCCUCCCAGUUGACCUGUGAACCACCAGGAAGCAAAAAGAUAUUCUCAUCAAGAGACAAGGAGGUACCUAUUGAUCAAAAAAGCCUAAAUACGUGCUCCCUCAACUAUAUCUGUGAGAAGCUUGAACAUCUCCAGUCAGCUGAGAACCGAGAGUCACUUAGAGAUUUGUCCAUGCAAUGUCUGGGUGCUGAAGACGCUGCCUUUUCCUUUGUCCCCCACACACUUUUCAGGAGUCGGCCAAAAGCCGGAUGGUCUUUCAUGCUGAGAAUUCCUGAGAAGAAGAACAUGAUGUCCUCCCGGCAGUGGGGACCAAUUUUUCUGAGAAUUUUGCCUGGAGGAAUUUUGCAAAUGUAUUAUGAGCAGGGGUUAGAGAAGCCAUUUAAAGAGUUACAGCUUGAUCCACACUGUAGGCUUUCUGAACCCAAAGUUGAGAACUUUAGUGUGGCAGGAAAAAUCCAUACUGUGAAGAUCGAACAUGUGUCUUACACAGAGAAAAGGAAAUACCAUCCCAAGACAGAAGUAGUUCAUGAACCAGACAUAGAGCAGAUGCUGAAGUUGGGGUCCACAGAGUACCACGACUUUCUUGACUUUCUGACGACGGUGGAGGAGGAGUUGACGAAGCUGCCGGCUGUUUCAAAACCCAAAAAGAACUACGAGGAGCAAGAGAUUUCCCUGGAGAUUCUGGACCACUUUUGGGGUAAAGUCACAAAGGAAGAAGGGAAACUGGUCGAAAGUGCUGUGAUCACUCAAAUCUAUUACCUCUGUUUUGUGAAUGGGAAUCUGGAGUGCUUUUUAACCUUGAAUGACCUUAAGCUGCAGAAGCGAGAUGAAUGCUAUUUUGAAAAAGAUCCAGAAAAGAAGGGGAUUGACAUUCUCGACUACCAUUUUCAUAAGUGUGUGAAAGUACAAGAGUUUGAGCAGUCAAGAAUCAUUAAGUUUUUACCUCUGGACGCCUGCCGGUUUGAGCUGAUGCGUUUUAAGACUUUGUAUAGUGGGGACAGUCUUCCCUUUUCUGUAAAGUCUGUCGUGGUUGUCCAAGGAGCAUAUGUGGAACUUCAGGCCUUUGUCAACAUGGCCCCGGUUACCCAGAGGCCAUCCCCCACUGGUUCCUUAAGGUCCUGUGACAAUAUAAUGGUACACUUUCCUGUCCCAUCGCAGUGGGUCAAAGCCGUCUGGACCAUGAACGUUCAGAGGCAGAAGUCCCUGAAAGCCAAGAUGAACCGCCGAGCAUGUCUGGGGAAUUUACAAGAACCUGAAUCCGAACCUGUCAUUCAUGUCACUGUGGGGUCGGCAAAAUAUGAGAGUGCCUACCGGGCGGUGGUAUGGAAGAUAGACCGGCUUCCAGAUAAAAAUUCAAGUCCUGAUCAUCCCCAUUGCCUGUCAUACAAACUAGAGCUUGGAUCAGACCAAGAAAUUCCAUCUGAUUGGUAUCCAUUUGCUACUGUUCAGUUUUCGAUGCUUGAUACCUGUGCGUCAGGGACAGAGGUCAGGUCUCUGGGGGUAGAGAGUGAUGUCCAGCCGCAGAAACACGUUCAGCAGCGAACUUGCUACAACAUCCAGUUUGAAAUAGAAAAGAAGUGGAUUAACAUCGAUGGAGAAGACCCAGAUAGAGUUGGCGACUGUGCGACUCAGUAGGACAAGCAGGAGUAACUUAUGACGACCCACUCGUCAAAUGCACAAUUGGCAGAAGCCUCACAAAGCUCUGCUGCUGUAGAGUGGAAAUGACUGUGGAAGGGUGGGCUUAUCACAGGACCAGUGAUUGUGUUUAGACCCUAAGCCAAACAAUCUGUGUUUUAUACUUUUGAUUUGUUUUUGCCCUAGGGGUUUGAUCUAAAGUGUGUCUGUAAUUUGCAUGGUGUUUUGCUUCCUAUUGAAACUCAAAGGCUCUGUUAUUUGUCGUGUGACCUGGCAACCAGUUUGGUUUUUGACUACUCAGCGGCUGAUUGUUUUGCACCCUGAAUUACGUAGGUGCCACAUUUAUUAUUCCCAUCGCUUCUUGCUG